GACGAGUUUCCUUGAAUACUUCAUACGUAUAAAAUCUGGCAGUUCUCCGUCUUUCUUCCUUCAUCUGAUCAUAUCAAGGAUUCCAGGCUCCAGCUCAACAAAGACUUCCAAUUUCAUAAGUCAAAUCAAUCCGUCUUGCAAUUAAACCUGUAUCAUGAAGACCUCUACAAUCUUUUUAUCUACGCUCGUUAUCUUUGUCGGCCUCUUGUCAAAUGCGCUGGCGGUGAAGUGGUCAUCGAAUUUCGCCCAAGAAGACAUUGUCACAUUGACUCCUCUCCUGAAGAACAUGCAAACUUAUCUAUCAGCUCAGAAUUAUGGUGCUGCCUACGAUAUACUUGGAAACAAAGGCACCAAAAAGCUCGUCGCAUUUGGUGACACGACAGUAAUCUACACUAAGCAAGACUUCAUAAAUGCCUUUGCAAGCUACCAACAAUUUGGUAAACUGAAAUUCAACUUUGACUCAGCCAAACUUGUCAGCGCUCGUUCCGCUUCCUCCUAUCAAAUGACUGUGAACGGAGCCAUCACCGUUUCCUUUCCAGUUUCAAUCAAACUCAAUGCCAACAUCAUCUUCGCUGGUGCGGAUCCUGUAGCUGGCGAGGUUAAGUCCGCGAUCUUCACCAUCAAUUUUGGAUGAUAAUUGUUCUGCCUUUAUGUACUGUGUUGUAACUUUGGCUCUAUUUGUCUUUGUUGAUUCUUUCUUAUCUUACGGACCUUUUGCAUCAUUUUUGUGAUUUUUCAUCAAAUCUUUCACAAUUAUUUAUUCCUCAACAUGAACAAUCCUGAUUUAUUGUCAUAUUCAUAUUUUGUUUACAGUAACGACUCAUAACCUCAUUUCUCAAUAUUUGAAAUUCUCAUUUAUUGCCCUGACCAUGAUUUUUUUUAAGGAAGGACUCAUAAACA